UUUGGUGUUGAAUUCAUGUCACAUAUUGCAAUAGAUGACUUGGAAGAGAUUUUUACGCAAGAACAACUAGGCGUCGCUAAUAUGCACUCGUACAUCCGGUUGUUGCAUGACAGAGUGUUGCGCGGGACUGCAUUGUCAAACAGAUUCCGUUUCGUGUCUUCCGCCCAUUGCAGCGGAAUGACAAUUGCUUCGGAACCGGAAUCAGUUAGACAGCGCUUAGUCGAUAGAUUCAUGUCAUCCGGCAAUACAGAAAGUCUGAUUCUUUGGGCGUAUAAUACCCGACCAGUAGGAGCACACUGGUUGUUGCUUGCUAUCAACCCGAUAAGAGAAGUGGUAUAUUUUCUGAAUUCGGUAGAUGGUGAGUGGAACAAUUAUCCGGCUAUGAAGGAAAUUAUUGAUUUAUCAAUACAAGUGUUCUGAAGUCAACGAGACGCACAGGUAUCCCGGACUAAAUCAAAC